GGUGAAUUCUAUGUUGAAAAAUUCUAUAAACCUACUAUCAAAAUCUAUUAGAAGAAUGUCUACAGUACCAUUACCACAAGAUUAUAACUCAGUCUUAUACAAAUCAUUAGCUCAAGCUGAUCCUGAGAUUGAUCAAAUCAUCAAGGAUGAAACUCAUAGACAAUUCACUGGUUUAGAGUUAAUCGCUUCAGAGAACUUGACCUCUUUAGCUGUCUUAGAAGCUAACGGUUCUAUCCUUUCAAACAAGUACUCUGAGGGUUUGCCAGGUGCAAGAUACUACGGUGGUAACCAACACAUUGACAGAUUAGAAAGAUUGUGUCAACAAAGAGCUUUAGAGGCUUUCGAUUUAGAUCCAAAAGUUUGGGGUGUUAACGUACAACCAUACUCCGGUUCAACAGCUAACUUUGCUGCUUUCACUGCCUUGAUCCAACCACAAGAUAGAAUCAUGGGUUUGGGAUUACCAGACGGUGGUCACUUGACUCACGGUUACUACACAGCCAAGAAGAAGAUUACCGCAUCCUCAAUCUACUUCCAAUCAUUCCCAUACCAAGUUGACAGAUCAACCGGUUUGAUCGAUUACGAAACUCUCGAAACCAACGCCAACCUCUUCAAGCCACGUCUUCUCGUUUGUGGUGGUUCCGCUUACCCAAGAGACUGGGAUUACGCAAAAUUGCGUAAGGUUGCUGACCAACACGGUUCAUACUUGAUGAUGGACAUGGCUCACAUUUCUGGUCUCGUUUCCGGUAAAGUUCAAAACUCACCAUUCGAAUUGUGUGAUGUCGUCACCACCACAACCCACAAGACUCUCAGAGGUCCAAGAGCAGGUUUGAUCUUCUUCCGUAAGGAUAAGGAACCAGAAUUAGAACAAAGAGUAAACUCAUCUGUUUUCCCUGCUUGUCAAGGUGGUCCACACAACAACACAAUCGCAGGUAUUGCCGUCGCAUUAAAGCAAGCUGCUUCACCUGAAUUUAAAGAAUACGCAAAGGCUGUCAUUGACAACUCAAAGGUUCUCGCUGAGGAAUUAGUUAACUACGGUUACAAAUUACAAACCUCAGGCUCAGAUAACCACCUCGUACUUUGGGAUUUACGUCCAUUAGGUAUUGCUGGUUCUAAGAUUGAAACUAUUUGCGACUUAUUGCAUAUCACACUUAACAAGAACGCUGUUGCAGGUGAUACCUCUGCUGUCGUUCCAGGUGGUGUUAGAAUUGGUACUGCUGCAUUAACAUCAAGAUCAAUGAAGGCACCUGAAAUGAAGAAGGUUGCUGAAUUCCUUCACCGUUCAGUUCAAAUCGCUUUAGAAGCUCAAAAGGCAGCAGGUAACAAACUUCUUAAGGACUUCGUUAGAGUUGCAAACAACGACGAAAAGAUUAGUCAAGAUGUUAAGGCACUUAACAAGGAAGUUCACGAUUUCUCAACUCAAUUCCCUCUUCCAGGUGUACCAGACUCAUCUGUAAUUCAACCAGCAAGCGUCUAAGAAGUCUUACAUCUUGUUUAGUUUUCAUUUAUCAUUUUAUGGGAUCAUCUUUCUAUGUAAAAAAAUAUAGUUUUUGGAAUAUAUACAUUUCAA